UUUAAAUUUCUACCCGAAGUUAAUUUAAUGAGCACGAUUCAUGAACACAGUGAAACAAUGAGCAGUUUAUCUUCAUCGCCCUUUAGUUCAUACCAACGUUCUUUCAGCGAAGUUUCAGUUGAACCAGAUCUACAUUUAGAUUUAUCAGGACCAGAUUUAUCUAAUGUGAGUAAAGAACUAGAAGAAUAUGUAACACAACUGAAGGAUAGUGUUGGUAACAUGAAAAAUCAAACACGUACACAGAACAAGUAUAUCAUUGAACUUACGUUGAAAUAUGAAAGUAGCCUUGAUACUAUUGUAGAGUUAAAUGAGAAAAUACGUUCAUUGGAAAAAGAAGUACAAGAUUGGAGAAUAAAGGCCAGAUCUCACGAAUUAAGUUCAUCAAUGUACGAGCAUGACGUCAACGAAUUGAAAGAUACAAUAGUCCUUCUUCGACGAGAAAGUAUAGAUUUUAAUCAGCAUCAUAAUGAUGAACCGAUUGUUGAUUCUACUGAAAGGUUGGAACUGAUCAAAGAGUCGCCAAUGAAGGCAAAACUAGGGGUGAAAAAGGGUAUAAUUCACAAGAGCACCAACGACGUUUCAACACAGAAAAAACUACACAAAUCUCAAGUACAGAAAACAAACAAACAACUGAACAUAAAACCAAAUACAGCAAACAGAGAUUCGAUUUUAAAUCCAAACAAAACUUUGCAGAAAUAUGGCGCCAAUUUUUUAAAACCCGAAGAUAUAGAUGCCUAUAAAAUUAGACAACGUCCGAUUGGUGGAAGUACCGCAAUGAUUAACAUACCGAUAGGUGCACCAAUGACUCUAAGGAACAAAAACCCCAAAACACUGCCCGCUUUACCCAAAAGGCCGACCUUUUCGAAACCUUCACGUUCGUUUCCGGGUCGUUUUCCAGAUGGAACUCCACGAUUAUCUAGUCUAGUAGGUGAGAAGAAAUAUAAUUACAGGAAAACACCCAAACUGUCAUCUACUCAGCCAAGAAGUACAGACACAAUCGUAAAAAGUAUAACACCUGAAAGAAAACCCAAAACACCAUUCAAAAGUCUUCUUAAUCGUAGACCCAACACUUAAACAGCCAAAAUCUAAAGCAUUAGAAACGAUGUUUUUUUUAUCUGUGAACAUCUAUAUUGCGUCAUAAAUAUGUACAGAAUAUACGCGAAAGAUGACUGAAACAAGCGAACGUUGUAUUUUCGCGCCUCAAGUGGCUGUAUAUAUUGCGAAAUAAAUAUGUACAGAUAUAACUUGAAAUGUGAUAGUUGGCAGUUAAAGUGGUUAUGACAAAAAUCAUUAGACCUACUAUGUGUCAGGAGCGAAAACAAGGGAACUACGGGUCGGGUGAGAAUGGGUUGGUUAAUAAAAUUUAAUUGCAUACCCCCCCCCCCCCUCAUAAU